CCUUUCACCUGUUCUGUGCAGUUCAUCUCAAAUCUAUGGGAGACGUCGCAUCCACAAUGAGGAACUUUCUGCUUCUUCUUUUAUCUUUUGACCUGAUCUGUCAGGGACAUGGCAGUUGUGUGUUACAGAAGAGUAGAGCCUCGGACUCUGAGAUUGUGCAUGUUUCAGAGGUUUUGUACUCACUGGACUCAAACAAAGCCUCAAAAUCACAGCUCAUCAUCAACCCUCAAACACUCAUAAACCAGUCUGAUGCCAACAACAAGAAGGACCUGUCACCUCUACCGUUGUUUGUCAGUGUGGAUGAGGCGUCUCUCCUCUCGAAGCCUACAUAUGCAGCACUAAUUGCUUUGCUGGACAACUAUGAGAUGAACACAGGUGUGUCUGAGAACUACAGUGGCUUAGAGGAGCAGGAACAGGAGAACUUCCUCAAGGAGACGAUGAAGAACACUGAGCUGGGCAGAGAGCUGUUCGCCUUCUUCUACACUAAAGGUUAUUACAACUCAUGGGAAGAGUUUCUCGGUGACUUGAAGAUGAUGUGGUUCGGUCUUUACUCUCGCAGCAGUGGCAGUCUGGACUCCAGUGGCUUUGAGCACACAUUUGCAGGAGAAAUUAAAAAAGGGAAAGUGUCUGGGUUCCAUAACUGGGUGAGAUUUUACCUCCUGGAGAAAUCGGGGCUCCUGAACUACUACAGUUACAGUUACGACGGUCCUUGGACCUCAUAUCCUGAUGUUCUGGGGAUGCAGUUCAUGUGGGAAGGUUAUUAUAAACACAUCGGUUCUGCUCUGAUCGGAUCCAGUCCUGAGUUAGACCUGGCCUUGUACACACUGUGUUACGUCACACGACCUGGAAAACAAUGUCGUCUCAGUCUGGGAGGAAAACAGCUGACUGUCCAAACCUUCACCUGGGACAAAACCACGUACGGAGAGGGCAAGAAGUUCAUCGCCUCUGCUUACCCCGUCAUUCCGUAACCCCAGCGUGACUCAGUCAGGACUGUUACACUCAUGAUAAACAAAUAAAAUUAAUUACAGCACAA